AUGGCAGACGAGGUUGUUUUGUUGGAUACAUGGGCCAGCAUGUUUGGGAUGAGGGUUAGGAUUGCAUUGGCUGAAAAGGGUGUUAAGUAUGAGUACAAGGAAGAGAAUCUCUGGAACAAGAGUCCUUUGCUUUUGCAAAUGAACCCUAUUCACAGGAAGAUUCCAGUUCUCAUCCAUAAUGGAAAACCCAUUUGUGAGUCUGCAAUAAUAGUGCAGUACAUUGAUGAGGUCUGGAAUCACAACCCUCCACUCAUGCCCUCUGACCCUUACGAGCGAGCUCAAGCCAGAUUCUGGGUGGAUUACAUUGAUAAAAAGGUGUAUGAUACUUGGAGGAAAAUGUGGCUUUCUAGUGGAGAGGAGCAUGAGACAUGGAAGAAGGAGUUGAUCUCUAUCUUUAAGCAACUAGAAGAGACACUAGGUGGCAAACCUUUUUAUGGUGGUGACACGUUUGGGUUUUUGGAUAUUGGUCUGAUCCCAUUUUAUAGCUGGUUUUAUACUUUUGAGACUCAUGGUAACUUCAAAAUGGAAGCAGAAUGUCCUAAACUGGUGGCUUGGGCCAAGAGAUGCAUGGAGAGAGAGACUGUGUCCAAAACUCUUCCUGAUGAAAAGAAGGUGCAUGAUCAUGUUCUGGGAAUGAAGAAGGCACUUGAGUCAAAAUAG